UGCGUAUAUAAACCCCACCAAAAUCCACUUCCUCCACUGCUUCUUCUCUAAUUUGCGAUUCAAACUCCCAUUAAACAGGAACCAACAGUUCCGAAGCCGGAGCUCAUAUCCAUAUCCAUCGUCAACUUUCAGUUUUUCAUCGUUUUCGUUUUCGUUUUCAAGGAUAUUAAAGGAUCUUAUUAUGCCAUAUGGGUAUAUCUGGUUCCUGUCCAUUUGCUGAGUUUAUUGAUAUGGGGAACAGUUUACAAUCUAUUCUGAUAAAAUCCUUAAGUUUUGGAGAUGAAGAAAAAACUCCAAUCAUGUCUGCCAGUUUUACAAGCAGAGAUUAAGAACCAAAAGUGUUGAAAUCUGUAAGUUCUCUAAAUGUAUCGUUGGAAGCAUCUAUUAACUUCAACGGAAGAGAUUUAGAGAAUCUGCCUUCAACGGAGGCUUCUUCAUUAGAAACAGGAAAUGACAUAGGCGUUGCAUCCAUCAACCCAAAGAGUGUAGAGUUUGAUAAUCAAUCACUAAGUUUAGAUAAUGACAUGGAAAGAUUCAAAAUGUUACCAGCUUUGGAUCCUACCAAUCCCAAGCAUGUUGCUGCUCUAAAAUUGCAGAAAGUGUAUAAAAGCUUCCGCACUAGAAGAAAGCUUGCAGACUGUGCUGUUCUGGUUGAACAAAGCUGGUGGAAACUCUUAGACUUUGCUGAACUGAAGCGAAGUUCUGUAUCAUUCUUUGACAUGGAAAAACGUGAGUCUGCCAUUUCACGCUGGUCAAGAGCAAGAACUAGAGCAGCUAAGGUUGGAAAAGGGUUAUCGAAGAAUGCUAAAGCUAGAAAGCUUUCUCUGCAGCAUUGGCUUGAGGCGGUAAGUAAGUUUUCUUGUAACCAAGUCUUAACUUCAUUUUGUAGUGAUGUAAUGAUUAGUUAUUUAUGUAUACAGAUUGAUCCGCGACAUCGCUAUGGCCACAACUUACACUUUUAUUACAUGAAAUGGCUUCAUAGUCAGAGUAAAGAACCCUUCUUCUACUGGUUGGAUAUAGGAGAAGGGAAGGAAGUAAAUGUGGUCGAAAAAUGCCCGCGAUGGAAACUCCAACAGCAGUGCAUCAAGUAUUUGGGUCCUAUGGAAAGGCUUGCAUAUGAAGUAAUUGUGGAAGAUGGGAAACUCGUAUUCAAACAAUCAGGGAAACUCGUCCACACAGCUGAAGAAGCCAGAAAUACAAAAUGGAUUUUUGUCCUAAGCACGUCAAAGACUAUGUAUGUUGGAAAGAAGAAGAAAGGUACGUUCCAGCACUCAAGCUUUUUGGCUGGAGGAGCUACAACUGCUGCUGGGAGAUUGGUUGUGGACAAUGGUGUUCUCAAGGCUGUUUGGGCUCAUAGCGGACAUUACCGACCCACUGAAGAAAACUUUAAGGACUUCAUGUCAUUCCUUAAAGAGAACAAUGUAGAUCUUACUGAUGUGAAGACAAGUUCCAUUGAUGAGGGGGAUGAUUAUCUAGACUGCCAAACGAGUAGGCGCCAUGUUAGGAACAACUCAUCUGAGGAGGACAUCAUAGAAAAGCUGAAGGGCUUUGAGAGUGAAGAGAACAAUAUGGAAGAAUCCACUGAAGGAAAAUCUGAUUCAUUUGAGCAAACACCGCCUUCCAUUGAAUUAUCAGAGCGAAAGCGUCGCAACAUUGGGAAAAAGUUGGCCAAUCUCGAGAUACCAAAUAGGGGUGAAGUGAUUGCGAUGCUUGAGAGAGAACAAGAAGAUAAAGGGAGUACUGAAGUGAAGGUUGUUCCCGAGGAGUCAGUCCUUGGAAGGUUAAAUUCACAUAAAGAUGCCAAUUCAUACCAACUAGGGAAGCAGUUGUCUUGCAGAUGGACAACCGGAGCCGGGCCCCGCAUAGGCUGCGUGCGAGACUAUCCAUCACAACUUCAACUACAAGCGCUGGAGCAAGUGAGGUUAUCACCAAGAUGCGACACAUAUUGUAGGCAUCACUGCAAUCCUUGUGUGGCCAUUGAGAUGAGCCCAAGGACGACAAUACCUCCAACUUUCCAGGCGAGAUAACUGGAAACACAAGAAGAUGACUGACCAUUCCUAGACAUGAUCCUCUUACUUUUGUUUUUUCAUUCAGAGGAAAACAUCAGAGAAUGGAGCAGAUAGUAGAUCAUUCUUUUGUAUAUACAUACAAAAAAGAUGAUGUAGGAAUUCUUGGUGAUUUUUUCCCACCAUCCCAUUUUUUCUUUUUCCUUCUUUGUGUAACGAAGAGAAAUUGCAUACAGUUUUGGUAUUCCAUUUCUUCUUAGAAUGAAUACAAGCAGAAGUUGUAGAGUUUUAUGGGUUCA